AUGGGAGGGUUGAAGUACACGGAGACAAUAAAGGUGAGAAUGUCGAAGGAGAUAGAUAACGGUAAAACAAAGAAGGACUCAAUCUACUUCAAGUCUAAAACUGGCACCGCAACUAACUUCGAGGAUAUUGAAAGUACAGCUGCUCAAAACCAACUGACAAUCUUAUCUAGAAUUGAAACAUUCCAAAACUUAGGUUCAAACUGGAUUAUACUUAAUAUUGAGAGCCAUUACGUGAACAUUGCAAUGUACAAACCUCUGAAGGGUAGUUCAUAUAUGAAACUACCUGAGGACAUUAGUAAUCCAAAAUGUGGUCUCAUCAAUAUGAAGAAUAAUGACGACAGGUGUUUUCUGUGGAGUCAUGUGAGGCAUCUAAAUCCUAAGACUAGAAGAGCAACUACUAUUACACGGAAGGAUAGGAAGUUCGUAGACAACCUGGAUUAUAGCGGCAUAGACUUCCCUGUGAAGAUAAGCGACAUUGAUAAAAUUGAGAGGAAAAAUAGUAUUAACAUAUCAGUGUUCGGUUAUAAGGGUAAAAAGCAGUUCUAUCCUAUAAGAAACUCAAAGGCUAAAUAUGAUGAGCAUAUGGAGUUGCUACUUCUUGGUGAUGAAAAUGGUAAUAACCACUAUGUUCUCAUAAAGGACGUAAACAGAAUGCUUUUCAGCGUAAGUGGAUACACACACAAGAAACACUUUUGUUUACAUUGUCUUCAUAGUUGUGUGAGCGAAGAGGUACUGGAAAAACACAAGGAGACAUGUUUGGAGGUAAAUGGAACUCAGGCCACAAAGCUUCCCAAGGAAGGUACUAAAAUAAAGUUCAAAAAUCACAGGAACUCAAUGCCUGUACCGUUUGUGAUAUACGCUGACUUUGAGUCUAUACUGGUUCCAGAAGAGAGAAAAGUUGAUUCUGAAAACCCUGAGGACAAAAGUAGUACAGACCUUUACCAGACACACAAGGCUUGUAGUUUCGGGUUAAAGACCGUCUGCCAUUAUGAUGAUAAGUACUCUGGUGAGUAUAUGAGCUACGUUGGAGAGGAUGCUGCAUUGGUCUUCCUAAAGACUGUAUUGAAAGAGUCCUUCAAGUGUAGAGAUAUGGUCAACAAGAUAUUUAAGAAAAAGAUGGUAAUUACACCUGAAGAAGAAGCUGAGUUCUGGAAGACAAGAAACUGUUCAAUAUGUGGUAACGACCUUGGUGAGGACAGAGUGAGAGACCAUGAUCAUGUAACAGGACUGUACCGUGGAGCUGCUCAUAAUAUAUGCAACCUGAAAUAUAGAAUUACAUGGAAAGUGCCUGUGGUCUUCCACAAUCUGAGAGGUUAUGAUAGUCAUCUGAUUAUACAGGAAAUCGGUAAGUUCAAGAUGAACAUAAAUGUGAUCCCAAAUACCAUGGAAAAAUAUAUUUCAUUCUCACUUGGAAAAAAUAUUGUCUUCAUAGACUCCAUACAGUUUAUGGCUUCUUCCCUAGAAGCGCUUGUGAGUAAUCUUUCACCCGAGGACUUCAAGAUAGUAGGUAAGAGGUGGAAGGGUGAGGACUUCAAUUUAGUAACACAAAAAGGAGUCUUUCCAUAUGAAUUCCUGGAUGACAUUAGUAAACUCAAUACGGAGGGUCUUCCUAGUAGAGAUAAGUUUUACUCAUCACUGUAUGAGUCAGAGGUGAAGGAUGAAGAUUACCAAAGAGCUCUAAAAGUAUGGGAUCACUUUGGGAUGAAAACCAUGAGAGACUACCACGAUCUCUACCUAGAGACUGACGUACUUCUUCUAGCUGAUGUUUUUGAAAACUUUAGAAGAACAUGCCUUGAAAAUUACAAACUUGACCCUGCACAUUACAUGUCAGCACCUGGUCUAAGUUGGGAUGCCUUCCUGAAACAGUCAGGUGAGGAAAUAGAACUUGUAAGUGAUAUGGAUAUGUUACAGUUCUUUGAGAAGGGAAUGAGAGGUG